AUGGACACGAUCAAGCGGGUCUUCAUUCCCAACCCGUCCCAGGACAGAUCCAUAAAUAUGGGUCAGAAACAUAAWGAGACCAGCAAGAAUGAAGCGACAGACACCAGCCAGCGGGACCGCGAUGAUCUCAGGCCGGAGGAUCAAAAGGAACUGCAGCAACUGCGAAGCACGUUACAGAACAAUAUCCAGUCCUCACGCAUGCAACACCAUGCCUUUGAACCAAUUUCUCUGCCUGGUUCUCAGCCAGUGUCGCGGGUACCGUCUGGCUCCUCUACGCCCCAGCGCAAGCAGCAGCAGCCACAAAUGCCCGCCGGCUCGAAUUUCACCUCCCCCAAAUCGACUCCUCCGACCUCGACGGUGCACUCUCCACCGCUGACGCCAGCCGUCACUCUCACGCAAGAUGGCGGAAAGUCUGUUACUAGUGCUCCGGCGGUGCGGCCUCCACAAGACAUAAUGACCCCACAGCGGUCAGCUUCGCCAGCUCGUGGAGUCGCCGCUCCGGUGCCAAGCCAGCCGAAGCCUCAGGCGUCACACUUGUUGGGUCCUGGCGGAGACUCCGAGCCACCCUCAAAAGAUGUCAGUCCAAACGAUACGCCUAGCAGCACCGCCCCAGGCACUCCCAGAACUUUCACCCCCGCUGCCGAGACGAGUCGAAAGCGGCAAUCGCAGGCAACCUUGGAGACGAGCGAGUCGCGCUUUCGUUUCGGCAACCGCGAUCCUUCAAUUGGAUUCGCAAGUUCAGGCUCUGGCCCAGGCCUGCCUCCAGCAGCUAUCUUGCCGAGACAAGGCUCUGGUGGACUCCCAGCCGUCCAAGAGAACAAGGAUAAGAGAUCCAGCUUCUUUGGGGGUGAACCGGAUAAGCGAGCCAGCUUCUUCGGUGGUGAACCGGACAAGCGAGCCAGCUUCUUCGGCGGUAAGAAAGAUGCGGRCCAUGACAGCUCAUCGUCUACGAUGAAUGAAAAGACUCACUCGCACUCAAAGUCAAAUUUGAAGCGCUUCUUCAAAUUCGGAGGUGACCACAAGCACAAAGWGAAGGAGAAGGAUUCCGCAAGGUCAAAGUCGAGAGAUGGUACUAGAACUCCUACCCGCAGCAUCACUGGCAAUCAGCCCAGCGUUCCGUUCGCAGAUGAUCACGGUCUCGCAUCCAAGUACGGUAAAUUCGGGAAGAUGCUUGGCUCUGGCGCCGGUGGCUCUGUGCGGCUUAUGAAGCGCAGCGGGGAUGGCACGGUGUUUGCGGUCAAGCAAUUCAGAGAUCGACAUGCCUAUGAAAGUGAGCGAGAAUACAGCAAGAAGGUGACGGCUGAGUUCUGCAUUGGAUCGACUCUGCACCACGGAAACGUGAUUGAAACGAUCGACAUUGUACACGAAAAGGGCAAAUGGUACGAGGUGAUGGAGUAUGCUCCAUUCGACCUGUUCGCCACGGUCAUGACAGGCAAGAUGAAUAGAGAGGAGGUCACAUGUGCCACGCUGCAGGUGCUCAGCGGAGUACUCUACUUACACAGCAUGGGUUUGGCACACCGUGAUCUGAAGCUGGACAAUGUUGUGAUCAGCGACCAAGGAAUCAUGAAGUUGAUUGAUUUUGGCAGUGCUGUGGUUUUCAGGUACCCAUUCGAGCAGGAUGUGGUGCUGGCAACGGGCGUCGUUGGCUCAGACCCAUACCUGGCGCCUGAAGUGUACGACAACCAGAGAUAUGACCCGCGUCCAACAGAUAUCUGGUCUAUGGCCAUCAUGUUUUGUUGUAUGACGCUGCGACGAUUUCCUUGGAAAGCACCCAGAGUCUCAGACAACUCCUACAGACUGUUCGUUGCAACACCCGAUCCAGACCAGGACAAAAUGCUCGAGCAGCAUAGGCGGUCUGUCGCUUCGAACUCUCAAAAGUCGGCGCCGGUGUCGAGGAAUCCCAGUCGCGGCGAGGACUCUGAGGGCUCCGAGUCAAAGCAUCACCAUCAUUCCCACCACAAGGAAGAACACCGCCAGUCGGUGUCAACCGCUUCAACAGCGAGCCAAUCGGACCCCCUGCAGCCCACCAUCAAGGGGCCCAUACGCUUGCUACGUUUGUUGCCACGCGAGACCCGCAGUAUCAUCGGACGCAUGCUCGAGCUCGAUCCCAAAAAGCGAGCGACCAUGGACGAGAUAUUGGCGGAUCCGUGGGUCCAGAACAGUUUGGUGUGUCGACAGGAAGAAAACGGGGUGAUAAUCAGGGCGCCCAAUCACACGCAUACUCUGCAGCCCAGCAAUGCUGGUAAUUGA